AUGCGCGGGAGGAAUCUUUCAAAGUUAUGUAGCAACUCUCGAUAUUUUGUAUCUACGACUCAUUGUCGUAUGACAUUUGAGGGCAACUCCAGCGGAUUACAGGGCACCCCCGAAGAGAGAAUGACCACCGUUUUCGGAGGUAGAAUUAAAGGAGAGUCACCGCAGUCUACAAGUCGGAUACUAGCAGGUGGGUCCAAAGUGAUCGCUGGUGUAUCGGUGCCAUCCAAACCAGAAGAACCCGACAACUGUUGUAUGUCUGGCUGUGUGAACUGUGUAUGGGAGAUAUUCAAUGAAGAUCUGAGGGAAUGGAGACAUAAGAGGAAACUGGCUGCAGAAAGAAUAAAAGGCACAGAUGGGAUCUGGCCCGCCCAUUGGAAUCCACCCCUGGCUCUAUUGGAUUUAAAAAAUAUUCCAAAAGUACUGCAACAUGAAAAGAUAAAUCUCGAUAAACGUUUGUUGGAAAGUAAUGCGAAAUCAACAGCCAGUUUGUUUCCUCCUAGAACAGAACCCUUGCCCAAAAGUGUUCUGGAAGCCAAAAGGCGACAUGCACUUGCGAAAGACAAAAACGCCUCUAGUACUUUGAAUUCCAACUCCAAAGAUGAUGGUACCUUAGAUGAAGAUCAAGAAGGAUGGGGUGACGUACCAGUUUACAUUAAGGCAUUCGCAGAAUUUGAAAGGAAGAAAAGGCUGUCGAAGAAGAUGACACUGACAAAAGCAACAUAA